UGUGCACGUUAAAUCUUUGAUGACUGAGAAAACUGAUACAUACAACUGCGAAUACAUCCCAUAAUACCAUUUGACCAUGUCAUGACAGUAGCCUACAUACUCAAGAUACGACUCACAUUUUAAAAGAAUUCCAAUGACGGCACCUUUUUAGGUUCAGGGAAAUUCUAAAUGUCAACCCUUUUCUAAGCUUAUCCAAAAUAGGAUAGCACAUUGUAAAUCACGCAAAACCUACUUCAUGUAGGCCUACUUGUGUUGUGUGGUGUCACAAUCAGUUACAUCAAUCUGCUCCAUCUGAAACUUGUAAAAGAGCGUUGUAUGUCAGGAGAGGAUCAGUUUCUUGCAGAGCCAUUUGACACCCACGAAAGGCAGCGAGUCAGGUGACCAAGCGGUUGGAUGCAGUCACACGUUGGGAUCCCGUCUGCCUCCAGUGAGGAAUCACAGGAGUCGAGAUGACGUUCAUCGCCAAGACCUUCUACGACCUGAGAGCCACCACGCUGGAAGGAGACUCGGUGGAUUUCAACGUGUUUCGGGGCCGGGUGGUCCUGAUAGAGAAUGUGGCCUCGCUCUGAGGCACCACCACCCGGGACUUCAGUGAGCUCAACCAGCUUCAGAGCAAGUACCCUCAUCGGCUGGUGGUCCUGGGUUUUCCCUGUAACCAGUUCGGCUAUCAGGAGAACUGCAACAAUGGUGAGAUCUUGAGUUCCCUGCAGCAUGUGCGUCCAGGCAGCGGCUUUCAGCCCAGCUUUACCAUCUUUGAGAAGUGUGUUGUCAACGGGACAAACACACAUCCAGUCUUUGCCUAUCUUAAAGACAAGCUCCCCUAUCCCGAUGAUGACCCCACCUCCCUCAUGCAGGACCCCAAAUUUCUGGUUUGGAGUCCCAUCAGCAGGACGGACAUCUCUUGGAACUUUGAGAAAUUCCUCAUCGGGCCAGAGGGAGAGCCCUUUAAAAGAUACAGCAAAAUGUUUCCCACCAUUGACAUAGAGCCUGACAUUCAAAGACUGUUGAGAUUAACCAAGACCUAAGAAUAGCCUCCACCUCUUAAUGACUUCUCAUCCAUCACAGUCAAAGCUAAUAUGCUGUGCUCCACACUUUUAAGCCUUAUUAAAUGAGGGUGGUAUUCUUAAAAGCUAAGGGAAUAUUAUCUGAGGCCUUAUAAGUGCUUAAGAGUAGUGGAGGAAUCAAUUCAAUCUAUGUAAAAAUUAAUUUUACAGUACAAAUGUGGGUAUACUUCAUAGAAAUGAUCACUUCUAAAGCCAGGUAUUUUCUUAUGCAUGUCCUUUUGUUUCUUGUCCUGUGCUAGCCUGGCCAGCAGAUGGUACUGCAGAUUUGAUCAUACAAAAAGAUAACUUGUGUUCAUGCUUUUAUGAAUUAACAUUCAUCACACACACACACACACUCACAACAUGUUUGCACUGGAAUAAAACACUAAAUAUUC